GCUGUCUAAGACACCGAGCUCGCACUCCAGCUCAGCCUUCCGUUCGGCACAGACGCUCCUCUCCUUCAUUUUUCUUUGUGUUGGCCAAUAGGACAAUAAGCAGCCAUGGAAGCCAUCAAGAAGAAGAUGCAGAUGCUGAAGCUCGACAAGGAAAAUGCCUUGGAUAGAGCAGAGCAGUCUGAGGGAGACAAGAAGGGAGCAGAGGACAGAACCAAGGCGCUGGAGGAUGACGUGGUCUCCAUGGAGAAGAAGCUCAAAGGAACCGAGGACGAGCUGGCCAAGUACUGCGAGGCCGUGAAGGAUGCUCAGGAGAAACUGGAGAAUGCCGAGAAGAAGGCCACUGAAGCUGAGGGCGAUGUGGCUUCCCUGAACAGACGCAUCCAGCUGGUUGAGGAGGAGUUGGAUCGCGCUCAGGAGCGUCUGGCCACGGCUCUGCAGAAGCUGGAGGAGGCUGAGAAGGCUGCUGAUGAGAGCGAGAGAGGUAUGAAGGUUAUUGAGAACAGGGCCCUGAAGGACGAGGAGAAGAUGGUGGCUCAGGAGCUCCAACUGAAGGAGGCCAAAAACGUGGCUGAGGACUCUGAUCGCAAAUACGAGGAGGUGGCUCGUAAGCUGGUGAUCGUUGAGACUGAGCUGGAGCGUACAGAGGAGAGAGCUGAGCUUAACGAGGGUAAAUUCUCUGAACUUGAGGAGGAACUAAAGACAGUCACUAACCUCAUGAAGUCCCUGGAGGCCCAGGCUGAGAAGUACUCUUCAAAGGAGGACAAAUAUGAGGAGGAGAUCAAGCUUCUGACUGACAAGCUGAAGGAGGCUGAGACUCGUGCUGAGUUUGCUGAGAGAUCAUGUGCCAAGCUGGAGAAGACCAUCGAUGAUCUGGAGGAUGAGUCUUAUGCCCAGAAACUCAAGUACAAAGCCAUCAGCGAGGAGCUCGACCACGCCCUGAACGACAUGACCUCCAUAUAAAUUCUCUAUCCUGGGUCCCUGCUCUGGCCGAGCCGCUUUACUUCCUGUUACUUUUUCUUUUCCAUUUCUCCUCCUUGCUCUCUUUCACUGCUUUUCUCCAUUCGUGGUCAUCAGUUAUUCCAUCUGCUGUACAGAACGUCCGAGUGGUUUUGCUUGAAGUAAAAUCAUAACGCUUCAUCUCAUACUGUAAAGCUUUCCACUCCUCAGUCUCUUCUCCUUUUGUUUGAUUUUUUUUUCUUAUAUCAUUAAUUUAUUUAAGAGAAGCUUCAAUAAAAUCUGGAAAAGCUUUUCUCACAA